CUCAUCUUUGCAUCCACUGAACGGUCACAACAUUUGAUUUGUUGUUGUUUUAAGAAUAAAAUUAAGAACGUUUUUUAUUUAAUUUGUAUUUCACAAAAUAACGCAAAAUGGAAAAAAGCGAAUAUGAAAUACAGCAUUUCAAUUUCUCUGUAGAACAGUUUUCGUUAGAGAGGCGGCAUUAUUUGAAUAAGAUAUUAUCACUGACACUUCAAUCAAUGGUGAACAAAUUAUCCAUGGGUAAUGACGAUACAACCGUAUUUUUACUAGAGCAGAAAGAAAAAGUGAAAAGUAAAAUGCUUAGUGACAUGGAACAAAAACUCACUGCUAUUGAAAAAAUGGACUUAAAGAAUUUUUCUAUACCGGAUUACGUCCUGUUGGCAACAGAUUAUGAUCAUUCCAAGCAAUAUACUGAAGAAGACGAAAUGAAUGCAGACAAAGAGUUAGCAGACAUGAAACAAAAAUUUCUUGAGAACUCUGUAAUGAUAGCGUCGUUGAAAAUUGAAAAUGCAAAAUAUGAAGAAGCAAGCGUAGAGAUGAACAAUGAAGAGAAAUUGUUAGUACAAAUUCAAACGGCACUGCAAUUAAUGGAAUCCCAAUGGGAGAAGGUAAAACAUUUGGCUAAAGAAACUGAAAGUUUGGAACAAUAGAAGAGGUAUUUGCAAUUAAUGAUAUCUGUUUAUGAUUAAAUUGGGGAAUAAGUCAGGCAUUGAUUUUGAAAAAUAAAAAAAAAUAUUUUGAUAAUUCACAACAAUUGUUUUUCGA